AUGGUUCAUUGUAUAGUGGUUGGAUGUGCUUCUAAAAGCGGAAAAAGUCGUGUUAGCUUUCAUACAAUACCCAAGAUUGUAUCAAAUCAAGGAGAAGAGCACGAAGAACUCACUAGAGAGAGAAGAAGGCGCUGGAUUUCAGCAAUAAGUCGAGGCGAUACAGAGACGAAGAGAAUCCUCGACAGUGAACGAGUAUGUGGGUUACAUUUUGUGACUGGAAAAGCAGCAGCCUCUUGGGAUAGAUAUCACAUCGACUGGGUGCCAACUCUAAACCUUGGAAAGCCACAAGCGAAGCAGCCUACAGUCGAUAAACAAAAAGAAGAAGCGAGUUUGAAGGCUGAAAGGGCCAAGGAGCGCAGGAAGAGAAGCAUCGAGCGUCAACAAAUCGAAGCAGCUAAGAAGAGAAAAGAGCUGGAACAAACUGGUCUGACUGUGCAAAACAUAGAUUUUGCUAUUGCUAGCACAUCUACUGAAGAUGUUUCAGGCCUAGACGCUCAUUCUGACGAAGCUUGUGGCAGUACAAGUUAUGAAUAUUUUGACAGCGACGAGACAGAGAAGGGAAUUCAAACAGUCGUCCACGAAAUGAUUGAUCGUUCCACUUCAACGGAGGACUUUGAAGUAGUUUCUGAAGGCAGGAGAAAUAGAGGAAUGCAGACUCAAGAAAUCAAUUAUUUGUUUAAGAACUCUGUAUAUCAAGCUCCAGAUAAAGACUUCUUCCAAUCUCCAGAUAAAGUUCGUUUUUACACUGGAUUGUCUUCGUUUGAUAUACUAAUGGUAGUGUUUGAACAUGUAAGCCCGUACGUAUCACGACGAUCAGAUUUAACCAGCUUGAACAGCUUUCAAGAAUUUAUCAUUGUUUUGAUGAAGUUACGGUUAAAUGUACCAUUUCAAGACUUCGCAUACCGUUUUGAGGUGUCCUUAACAAGUGUGUCAAGGAUAUUCACCUCAUGGAUACAUGCAAUGGACUCGAGGCUGUCUUGCUUCAUUCAUUGGCCUGCAAGGGAACAGCUGUGGAAAACUAUGCCAAUGUGUUUUCAGUACACCUUUGGUCGUAAGGUUACUGUAAUAAUUGAUUGUUUCGAAGUUUUUAUUGAGAAACCAACAAACCUUAUGGCCAGAGCUCAGACCUUUUCUUCAUAUAAGAACCACAACACUGUUAAGAUUUUGAUUGGAAUCACACCCCAAGGCACUAUCUCAUUUGUUUCUGAGGCUUGGGGAGGAAGAACAUCAGAUAAAUUUCUGACUGAGAACUGUGGAAUCCUAGAAAAAUUGAUACCAGGAGAUACUAUAAUGGCAGAUAGAGGAUUUACAAUUUCUGAGAGUGUUGGUUUGAAGCAAGGAAAGCUAGUGAUUCCUGCAUUCACCAAAGGAAAAGCUCAGCUGCACCCAGUAGAUGUAGAGCGUUCAAGAGGCAUAGCGAAUGUGAGGAUCCAUGUGGAGCGAGUGAUAGGUCUACUACGAAGGAAAUAUACUAUAUUAGAAGGAACACUCCCCACUAAAUUCUUGAGUUGUGACCAGAACGGUCCCACAGAAAACCAGGUACCCAUAAUAGACCGUAUUCUAAGAGUUUGUUCAGCCCUUGUAAAUUUUUGCCCAUCAAUAGUACCAUUUGAUUAG